AUGGCGUUCAACGGGUACAAUGGCUACGCCGACGAUGCCAUGGACGGUGUCGAAUCGUCUGGACCAAAAGUUACAGUGAGAGAAGUUGAGCAAGAUCGAGUCGACUUUGUCCUGCAGUCAUGUUCUCUAGCACUGGCUAAUUCUGUACGACGUGCGAUUCUCGCCGAAAUUGAAACCAUCUCCAUCGAUCGGGUCGAGAUUACCACGAAUUCCUCCGUCCUACCCGAUGAAUUUCUCUCCCAUCGACUCGGACUGAUCCCACUUCAGAGCAAAGAAGUCGGCGAGCGCAUGGCAUAUACAAGAGAUUGCGAUGAAUGCGAUGAUCAUUGUGACAACUGCUCGGUCCUCCUGAACCUGCAUGUCAAGUGCACCCAGCCGGGCACUAUGAACGUUUAUGCACGCGACUUGAUGGUUUCAAGUGGUCGUCAAGACGCCAUUGGACAUCCAAUAAUCCGGAAUGCUAACAACACCGGACCAUUGAUUGCCAAACUUCGACAGGGACAAGAGAUCGAGCUUCAAUGCAUCGCGAGAAAGGGCAUUGCGAAAGAGCACGCCAAAUGGGCACCCACUUCGGCGGUGGGCUUUGAAUACGAUCCGAACAACAAGCUACGACACCUUGACUACUGGUACGAGACAGAUGCCAAGUCAGAAUGGCCUGUGGAUGAGCGCAACGCCACCUGGGAAGGAGACGACACAGCUGCAGACGCGUCAUUCGAUCCCGAUGCGGUUCCCAGCGCGUUCUUCUUCGACAUCGAGAGUAUAGGAAUUUUGGAACCCGACGACAUUGUACGGGGGGGUAUUGACGUGAUACAGAAGAAGCUGGCUGAGACGAUUCGAGUACUUGGCGGUGCAGGACAAGGAAUGGAGGGGAUGAAUGGUGGAGCAAGUCCAGAUGGAUAUGAACCAGCUCCAGCAAAUGGUGCAUACUCAGCGUAUAAUAUGAUUCCGGGAGGCGGAGUGACUCCUUACGGGACGACGCCUUACGGCGGUGGUUAUGGCUCUUACCCAUGA